UUCGCAGUAACAGAGUCACAGAGGAAGGAUGACGGACCUCGUGUAAAUCUGAUGAAACUUAUUUCGUCCUUGUAUUGGAACUGUGAAGGUCUCAGAUCAUUUCAAACUGAGAGGAACAGAAUGGCAAUAUUUAACAACACCACCACAACUAACAUCAGCGACCGUUAUCAAUGUAAGAUAGAAGAGAACUUCAAGUACAUUCUCCUCCCGGUGAGUUACACUCUGGUGUUUGUGUUCGGUCUGGGGUUGAACAUCACGGCCAUGUACGUCAUCCUGUUUCGCACCAAACACUGGAAGCCCAGCACCAUCUACAUGAUCAACCUCAACGUCUGCGACACGCUUUACGUCCUCACCCUGCCGUUCCUCAUCUACUAUUACGCUGAUAAGAACGACUGGCCGUUCGGGGAGGUGAUGUGUAAGCUGAUUCGCUUUCUCUUCUACACAAACCUCUACGGAAGCAUCCUCUUCCUCAGCUGCAUCAGUGUGCAUCGCUUUUUAGGCGUCUGUCAUCCGGUGCGCUCUUUGUCCUGGAUGAACGGCCGGCGUGCUCGUAUGGUUUCUGUGGGAAUAUGGGUGAUCAUUCUCAUCUUACAGGCACCGAUUCUUUAUUUCUCCAGGAUGAAUAAUAACAGUGACAUGAAACCGCAAUCAAUGGUUUGCUAUGACACCACAAGCAAGGUGCUCUUCAAUGACUUUAUUGUUUACAGCUCGGUGGUGAUGUUCCUGCUCUUUGUCAUACCGUUCGGAGUGGUGCUGGUCUGCAACGGCCUGAUGGUGAAGAAACUUCAGGAACCUGGUAUUGGUGGAGGUCCAAUGUCACAGCGCUUUAAGCAGAAGUCGGUGAAGAUGAUUAUUAUUGUGCUUCUGGCUUUCGUGUUGUGCUUCUUGCCUUUCCAUGUGAACCGUAGUAUAUACUACACCUUCCGUUACCUGGACAAACAUGUGAGCUGCUCGAUGCUGGAGGCUGCCAGCAUGGCCUACAAGGUCACACGACCUUUAGCCAGCGCCAACAGCUGCAUCGACCCCAUCCUUUACUUCAUGGCAGGACAGGGCUUCAAAAGCAGCAUCAAGAACAAGAAAAGUAAAUCAAGAUAUGAAAAUAGGAAAGCACCCUCGACCUCUUUAUAGUGUGCUCGAAGGAAAACAAAUGUACCUGUGCUACUUAUGACUGCUUUUGGGCUCCAGGGUCACAUUUUAUAGAAGGUGAAGGACAGUACUGCUAUAUAUAUAUCUGCUCUUUGACCAGAGAACGUGCUGCACUCUAUUCAUGCUGCAUAAUGGUGGUGAAGUUAUAAAACCCGCUUCAGUUUAGGGAUCUUGCAAACUGGGAAUAUAGGUUAAUUAAGUGUUUAUGAAAAGGUGUGUCAGGACUGUUAGUAUCAGCACAACAGUAAUUCACUAACUCGUUGGAAUUUGGUUCAGUUCCAGGAAACAAAAUCAGAGAGAGCUGUCUUAACAUGCCUUUGAUGGGAUCAGAGAGUUAAGACGUUUAUCGUCAACUUAAACUAAAACUCGAAGUAAAAAUAUAGAACACUAAAGCUGAAACAAAUAAAUAUUCAAAUAAAUAUUAGAUAAAAAUCUUCAUGUCACCUUGGGGAUUAAAUGCUUCAUUUGAAAUACUACUAAAUCUUUUUUAAACUAAAA